GUUAAUUUAAGAUGGAAUAGUCCAGGCUUCCUGUACGGAACCACUGUGAUUAUCAGGAAGUUUGGGCGGUGGUGAAUCGUCGAAGAAGGUCUGUGUUACUUUGGGUUUGUCGUCUGUUGGGGCCUCAGGUAAAAAAACAAAAUCGUCAAAAUGUCAAGCAAAAGGGCAAAAAAGACCACCAAGAAGCGCCCUCAGCGCGCCACCUCCAAUGUCUUCGCCAUGUUUGACCAGUGUCAGAUCCAAGAGUUCAAGGAGGCUUUCAACAUGAUUGACCAGAAUCGGGAUGGCUUCGUGGACAAAGAGGACCUGCACGAUAUGCUGGCGUCCCUGGGAAAAAACCCUGCUGAGGACUAUCUGGAGUCCAUGAUGACUGAGGCCCCUGGUCCUAUUAACUUCACUAUGUUCCUCACGAUGUUUGGAGAGAAACUCAAUGGCACAGACCCUGAGGAUGUCAUCAGAAAUGCCUUUGCUUGCUUUGACGAGGAAGGAACAGGAUCUAUUAACGAAGAUUAUUUGAGAGAGUUGCUGACCACCAUGGGUGACCGAUUCACAGAUGACGAGGUGGAUGAGCUGUUCAGGGAGGCUCCCAUUGACAAAAAGAGCAACUUCAACUAUGUGGAGUUCACACGCAUCCUGAAGCAUGGAGCCAGGGACAAGGAUGAUUAGAUGCCUACUGUGUACAUAGAAAGUUAAAUAUAUGCAAAUAUCUUUGUUCAAAUUAUACCAUCAUGUUGGUCUUUCUACCAGAUUAGAACAUCUUGUGCAUGCCUUAGAUUUAAAGCAGGACCACUCAAAACAAGGCAAAACAAACAACUAAAGGCUAUUGACCAUAUUUAUGAACCUCCAUUUCAGCUCUGGUAGAUUUGCACAUUGGUUACAAUCUGAAGGUUGUCAGUUAAAUUGCAAUAAGGGGUAUGUGUGUCCUCUGGUACAAGUAAACUGUUCGGAACAUGAAAGUGGCAAGAAAUCCAAUUCUGGAAAAUAAGUCUUUGUUAACCUACUGGCCUGAUUUAGCUGGAUUUUUACAUUUUGUAUUAAACGUAAACUUUUGAAGUAAAGUUCUCGAUCAAUUUAUGGGACACUUUUGUCUUGUUUGGUUUUUUUUUUUAACACGCAGAUGCAGCUCUCAUUCAUAAUUUAGGAGGACCACAAACCAAGCACUCUGUAAAUGAAGUGCUGUCUGUGAGGAAGUUUGAUGUGAAUUCAGGUGGUUCCUUCUCUGUACAUGUUUUCAAGACUGGUAUGCUGUCAUGCCACAACAUGGAGUGUUCACAUUCCUUCAGCAUUCCUUUCAACCACUCGAGGCAUGCCACAACUAGAGCUCCAGGAAUAUCAGAGGCACUCUUUCACACGCACACAUUACAUUUUCCAUUAACACUGCAACAGUCUGGUGCAUAUAUUAAGUGAAGGCGAUAAUGGUGUCAUCUGUAUAUAAAAUUUGGGGAGGAAAAAUCUGUGGUAGUGUAAUUGGUAAUGUUAUAGAUGACUGAAUUAAAGAGACAGAAAGCCUACUUGCAGAAUUAAUAUGUAAUACAAAAAUCUUGCUGCAGUAGGAGGUCUAUUUGAAUAUAAUCAAACGUCAAAAAGACAACUAUGUCUUCUGUGAACAUCAAUAAUAAACUCCUGUAUACAAA